AACCUAAUCUAAUCAUUUGCUAAAAUUAGGGGAUAAUUUGGUGCAGCAAUCUGUGUCUCUUUUGAAAGUCAAGGAUCCCUUGUUUAAAAGAAUGGGAGCUUCUAGGUUAGCCCGUUUUGCAAUAGAUGAUGAAAGGAGAAUGAAAAUAGUAGAGAUUGGUGGAGCUCAGGAGCUUGUAAAUAUGUUGGCAGAGGCUAGAGAUGAUCGUACACGGAAAGAAGCACUUAAGGCUCUUGCUGCCCUUUCUGGCUCAGAUGAAGCAGUUGGAGCUUUACACCAUACUGGGGCAUUAUCAAUUAUAAAGUCCACUCCACAACCAUUUGACGAUGCAGAAAUUGAAAAAUACAAAUCAAGCCUACUGAAGAGAUUCCAAGAUCUGAGAUAUGAUAUUCCAUCCUGAGAUUGUAUUAUGAUAAAACUAGCAAGUUCUUCUUUAAAUGAGAGAAAAAUUUAGUUAGAAACAAUCGCUGAAUUUAAAAAAUGUGUUUUACCAGGGCUAAUUAAAGUGCCUUGUACUUUUUGGUUCACUCUAAUAAAAUCCUUCAUGCAACUGGUUUUGUUUCUCA